UUAGGCGAACGUUUGGCUAAGCCUGAAAGAGGCAAAAUGCGAGUGCACAAAAUAUCCAACGUCAACAAGGCCUUGGAUUUCAUUGCCAGCAAAGGAGUCAAACUGGUAUCUAUCGGAGCAGAAGAAAUUGUGGAUGGAAAUGUUAAAAUGACUCUUGGAAUGAUUUGGACCAUCAUCCUCCGUUUUGCCAUUCAGGAUAUCUCAGUUGAAGAGACAUCUGCUAAAGAAGGACUUUUGUUAUGGUGUCAGAGGAAGACAGCCCCCUACAAAAAUGUAAACAUCCAGAACUUCCAUAUCAGUUGGAAGGAUGGCCUUGGUUUCUGCGCUUUAAUUCACAGACACCGUCCAGAGCUCAUCGACUACGGGAAGCUACGAAAGGAUGAUCCUCUCACUAAUCUAAACACAGCUUUUGAUGUGGCUGAGAAAUAUCUGGAUAUUCCCAAGAUGCUGGAUGCAGAAGACAUUGUUGGAACUGCCCGUCCUGACGAGAAAGCCAUCAUGACCUAUGUUUCUAGCUUCUACCACGCCUUCUCAGGAGCCCAGAAGGCGGAGACGGCAGCAAAUCGUAUCUGCAAGGUGCUGGCAGUCAACCAAGAAAACGAACAGCUCAUGGAAGACUACGAAAAACUGGCCAGUGAUCUGCUGGAGUGGAUCCGUCGCACCAUCCCCUGGCUGGAGAACCGGGCCCCAGAAAACACCAUGCAAGCCAUGCAGCAGAAACUGGAGGACUUUCGGGACUACCGCCGCCUGCACAAGCCCCCCAAGGUCCAAGAGAAGUGCCAACUUGAGAUCAAUUUCAACACCUUGCAGACCAAGCUGCGGCUCAGCAACAGGCCAGCCUUCAUGCCUUCAGAAGGGAAAAUGGUCUCGGAUAUAAACAAUGCCUGGGGUGGCCUAGAGCAGGCUGAGAAGGGCUAUGAGGAGUGGUUGUUGAAUGAGAUCCGAAGGCUAGAGAGACUGGAUCACCUGGCAGAGAAGUUCCGGCAGAAGGCAUCCAUUCAUGAGUCCUGGACAGAUGGUAAGGAAGCGAUGCUGCAGCAGAAGGAUUAUGAAACCGCUACCCUCUCGGAGAUAAAGGCCCUGCUGAAGAAACAUGAGGCCUUUGAGAGCGACCUGGCCGCACACCAGGACCGCGUGGAACAGAUUGCUGCUAUUGCACAAGAGCUGAACGAGCUGGACUAUUACGACUCUCCCAGUGUCAAUGCCAGGUGCCAGAAGAUCUGUGAUCAGUGGGAUAAUCUGGGUGCCCUAACCCAGAAACGUAGAGAAGCCUUGGAGAGGACAGAGAAGCUACUGGAAACGAUUGACCAGUUGUACCUGGAAUAUGCCAAACGAGCUGCCCCUUUCAAUAACUGGAUGGAAGGGGCCAUGGAGGACCUGCAGGACACGUUCAUUGUUCACACCAUUGAGGAGAUCCAGGGGUUGACCACAGCCCACGAGCAGUUCAAAGCCACUUUGCCAGAUGCCGACAAGGAGCGACAGGCCAUCCUGGGAAUCCACAAUGAAGUCUCAAAGAUUGUCCAGACGUACCAUGUCAACAUGGCAGGAACGAAUCCUUACACUACGAUCACCCCACACGAGAUCAAUGGCAAAUGGGAACACGUGCGGCAGCUGGUUCCCAGAAGGGAUCAAGCCCUGAUGGAAGAACAUGCUCGCCAGCAGCAAAACGAGCGACUCCGUAAACAGUUUGGUGCACAGGCCAAUGUCAUUGGACCCUGGAUCCAGACCAAGAUGGAGGAGAUUGGGCGCAUUUCGAUAGAGAUGCAUGGGACCCUGGAAGACCAGCUCAACCACUUGCGGCAGUACGAGAAAAGCAUCGUGAACUACAAACCAAAGAUUGACCAGCUGGAAGGAGACCACCAACAGAUCCAGGAAGCGCUUAUCUUUGACAACAAGCACACCAACUACACCAUGGAGCAUAUCCGAGUGGGCUGGGAGCAGUUACUAACAACAAUUGCUAGAACCAUCAAUGAAGUGGAAAACCAGAUUCUGACCCGUGAUGCCAAAGGAAUCAGCCAGGAACAGAUGAACGAGUUCCGGGCUUCUUUCAACCAUUUUGACAGGGACCACUCCGGCACACUUGGCCCUGAGGAAUUCAAAGCCUGUCUCAUCAGCUUGGGUUACGAUAUUGGAAACGAUGCACAGAAGAAGACUGGUAUGAUGGAUUGUGAAGAUUUCCGAGCCUGCCUUAUCUCCAUGGGUUACAAUAUG